AUGGAGGACGACAAUGAGACCACAGUGCAGCCCAUCCGUACUGGGCGCUCAACACGGCAAUACUUAUCACGAACACGAUCAAACAAGUCGAACAAAUCAUACAAGUCACGCUCACGGUCUGGUUCAAGGCCAAGUCGACCAAGCAGCCCUCUGCAACGACUUACCUCGGCGAAUUUUAUCGACGAUCACGGUAUCUAUCACCACCACGACGAAUCAGACUAUGAAGAAGAAGUAGAAGAGCAGGAAUCACAGCACGAUGGCAGCAAUGGCCUAUCGACACAAUCGAGCUCCGAGUUGGAGAAGGAAAAGCAAGAGCCGGACGAGAUACCUAUGGAGCCAUUCGGCGCAGAAACAGCACGCGACCUAGAGGCGCAAUCCGAGAAAGAGGAUCCCCCUGCGCUGUCGAGGAAAUCGACAUCCAAGUCCGUCAAGGACCCGAACUUAGUGACCUGGGACGGGCCUGACGAUCCAGCGAAUCCCAAGAACUGGGGCAAGGGAAGAAAAUGGGCGGCUACGCUCGUCGUUUCUUCCUUCACCUUCAUCUCACCAGUGUCUUCCUCGAUGGUUGCGCCAGCCAUCGAUGUCAUCUCGCGCGACUUCAACAUCACGAGCACUGCCGAGCAGCAGCUGGUCCUGUCCAUCUUCGUGCUAGCGUAUGCCAUCGGCCCCCUGUUCCUGGGCCCCAUGUCCGAGCUCUACGGUCGUGUCAGAGUACUCCAAAUUGCCAAUGCCUUCUACUUCAUCUGGAACCUUGCCUGUGGUUUCGCUCAGAACAAAGGUGAGAUGAUGGCCUUUCGCUUCCUUGCUGGACUGGGUGGUAGCGCUCCUCUCGCCAUUGGUGGCGGUAUGCUUAGUGAUUGCUGGAGACCAGAGGAGAGAGGCAAAGCCAUAAGUAUAUACUCACUCGCUCCUUUGCUCGGGCCCGCUGUUGGCCCUGUCGCUGGAGGUUUCAUCGCCGAAAACGUUACCUGGAGAUGGGUCUUCUGGUCGACCUGUAUCGCGUGCUUCUUUAUUCAGCUUUCGGGCGUUUUCUUCCUGCAAGAAACCUACGUUCCGGAGUUGUUGAAGCGUAAGAAGAUGCGUUUGAUCAAAGAGACUGGAAACAAGGACCUGCACACUGAAUACGAUGACCCGAACCGCAAGUUGUCCGUCCACCUGAAAACAGCCUUCACCCGUCCAUUCGUCAUGAUAGGUACACAACCAAUCGUCCAGUUCCUGGCUAUCUACAUUGCCUAUGUGUACGGUCUUAUGUACUUGGUCCUCUCAACUUUUCCAGGUCUCUGGACAGGCAUCUACGGCGAAUCGACCGGCAUAGGCGGCCUGAAUUACAUUUCUCUUGGUCUCGGCUUCUUUCUCGGCACCCAAAUCGGCGCUCCCUUCAACGAUUAUUUCUACCGUCGCCUCAAGAAGAAGAACAACAAUGUCGGUCGCUCCGAGUUUAGAGUACCACUCAUGUUCCCAGGUUCCGUCCUUAUCCCCAUUGGCCUCUUCAUUUACGGUUGGACUGCAGAAUACAAGACUCACUGGAUAGGUCCCAAUGUUGGCGCUGCCAUCUUCUCUGCUGGUAACAUCCUGGUUUUCCAGUCAUGCCAGACUUACAUAAUCGACUCUUAUGCCAGGUACGCCGCUUCUGCGGUGGCUAGUACGACUGUCUUGAGAUCUUUGGCUGGCUUUGGCUUCCCAUUGUUUGCACCUUCUAUGUAUAAUGCUCUAGGCUACGGAUGGGGCAAUUCAGUGCUUGGGUUCAUCGCGGUCGGUCUUGGUCUGCCGGCACCAUUUAUACUCUGGAAGUUUGGUGAGAGGUUGAGAGCGAGGAGUAAGUUUGCUUCUGGUGGUUAG